GCAAAGAUCGUCGCUCUCCUUUUAGUCAUCGUUACUGGAGCAGGGCUUCUCAUGUUCGGUGGUCCACAAUAUAGAGAAUCGUUUGAGAAUAUUUUCGAAGGAAAUUUUCGAGAUUUCUAUCAAGCUUCAGUAGGAUUUUACUCAGGACUUUUCGCUUACCAAGGCUGGACAUAUCUUAACUUCAUCACGGAAGAGCUUAUCAAUCCAAAAAGGAAUCUACCACUUGCCGUGAUGUUCUCUUGUGUCAUCGUUACAGUAAUCUAUACUUUGUUCAAUGUUGCCCUGUACGUGGUGAUCUCUCCUGACGAGAUGUUAAUCAGUCCUGCUGUUGCAGUGCUGUUUGCGCAGAAAGUCUACGGCAAAUUCGCUUUUAUUAUGCCACUUUGUGUUGCAAUCUCUACUGUCGGAUCUGCGAACGGUGUCAUUAUGACAAGUUCCAGGUAUGUAUCUGAUAUAUUAUAG